AUGAAGCUCCUUUUGCUGACUUUAGCUACGCUGCUGCUCUUGUCCCAGCUCACUCCAGGUGACACCCAGAAAUGCUGGAAUUUUCACGGCAAAUGCCGCUACAGAUGUCACAGGAAGGAGAGGGUCUAUGUUUACUGCACAAAUACUAAAAUGUGCUGCGUGAAGCCCAAAUACCAGCCCAAACAAAAGCAUCGGUUAUUUUAA